CGUCAUGACGCCACGGUCACGUCAGUUUAGCAUUAGUCCGCUCAUCUCGUCGUUGGAUGUUUAUUGUUUGAGGUGUAGCAGGGCAGAAGUGAAUGACAGACAGGAUGUUGCGACUUCGCUGUAAGACCAAAAAUGGGAGCCACAUAAUGCAGGGCUUGACUCACCAGUCCUGUGUGCGGGAGUUGAAGAGCAAAGUGGAGGAGCUGACUGGGAUCCCUUGUGAUGUGCAGAAAAUAAUGAUAGGUUACCCUCCAUCCAGCCUCGAUCUUCGAAACGGAGAGGCUCACCUAAAGGACUACCCUAUCAAAUCAGGAGACACACUCAUUGUUGAGGAAGAACAAAGAAAGCCAAAGCCACAAGAUCAUCCCAUCGUGAAAGCACCUCACCUGGAAGUCUCACCUGUGUUGGCGCGUCGAGUGGUCCCUGCUGACAACUCCUGCCUCUUUACCAGUAUUUAUUAUGUUGUGGAAGGAGGUGUGUAUGACCCCGCUUGUGCCCCUGAGAUGCGUGGUCUCAUUGCCCAGAUAGUCUCAAGUGACCCUGCAGCUUACUCUGAGGCAGUGCUAGGAAAAACUAACGAGGAGUACUGCUCCUGGAUAAGACGUGACGACACCUGGGGAGGAGCCAUCGAGGUGUCUAUUCUGUCCAAGUUUUACCAGUGUGAGAUCUGUGUGGUGGACACGCAGACAGUUCGAGUAGAUAGAUUCGGGGAGGAUGCUGGUUACCACAAACGUGUGUUGCUCAUCUAUGAUGGCAUCCACUAUGACCCGCUGCAGAAAGAGAUGCCCGGUUCUGACGCCCCACCUCAGACUAUCUUUUCUACCACAGAUGACAUAAUCUUGGCACAGGCCCUAGAGUUGGCUGACGAGGCUCGCCGCAAGCGGCAGUUCACAGACGUUAACCGCUUUGCGCUGCGCUGCAUGGUGUGCCAGAUGGGCCUGGUGGGACAAAAGGAGGCCCGUGAGCAUGCCAAGGAGACUGGCCACACCAAUUUUGGUGAAGUGUAAAGUUGAAUUAUGUUUUC